CUCGAACCUAUGCAAGUUUUUGCUCGCACUCGCGAUAAACCCGAUGACCCCGACGACGAUGUGCGACCCUUGGAGCGUGAGCAAGAUGCUGAGUCGCACACCCGUUGACGUGAUGCGUAUCGAGUCACUGCCGUCCUACGAACUGCCAACGUGGCACGUUGAUGGAUUGCCGUUUGGUGACGUGGCGACGCGUCCUGGUGCCGUGACGAGCUGCUCGGUUUGCAGUUUGGCGACGGGCAUCGACGGGUGGCGACCGGCGGUGUGCACCAACUGCGGCUGGUUUGCGGACCCCAUCGACUGGUACAACGUAGUACCACCGCAACUAAGCUUGCUGCCAGCUCGGGAAAUGGCGCCCCCGACGCUGGAACUGCGACCGAUGCAGCUGGGUGCAACACCGACUCACCUCGUGCCGCCGGCAAUCAUUGGCAGCGGACGCUACUGCACCGUGACCGGUUGCGCGCGCGCGGUGCGGUCCAAGGGCCUCUGCAAGGGACAUGGCGGCGGACGGCGCUGCAACACGCCCGGGUGUGGGCUCAGUGACCAAGGCGGCGGCCAUUGCAUCACCCAUGGCGGCGGGCGACGCUGCUCGAUCGAGUCGUGCGAGAAAGCUGCGCAGUCGCGCGGCCUCUGCAAGCGACACGGCGGCGGCGAUCGGUGCCGCGAGAGUGGCUGCCACCGCAGCAGCCAAGGCAAUGGGCUUUGCCGCGCGCAUGGCGGCGGCGCGCGGUGCUUCGUACCCGGCUGCAACCGACAAGACCGUCGCGCAGGCUUGUGCGCAGAGCACGGCGCCGAGACCAAGUGCCGCGAAAGAUACUGCAAGAAGAAGAGCCAAAGCAACGGCUACUGCCGAAAGCACGCUUGCGCCGCCAAGGAGCGCGAGUCAACGCGCAUCGCAGGCGUCACGAUGAUGUAAGCCAGGGUGUAAGCCACAC